UUCGCAUUUUUGAAUUUCACACGUGACAAACAUGCAUGCAAGAAUCGAAUCAGCUGAUAAUCGUAGCGCACUAAUCGAAAGCAAUAUGAAUUUAGCUAAAAAUUUUUAUCGUAUUUAUCGUCGUCAAAUCAAUCCAUCAUUAAUAAUAUGGUCAUCGUCAUAUUCGACGACAAUAUCGUCAUCGGAUAAAAAACGAACAAAAUUUUCGAAAAAACUUCCAAUUGCCGGUGUCGAACGAAUCAUAUUGAUAUCAUCAGCAAAAGGUGGUGUGGGAAAAUCUUCAGUUACAGUUAAUCUAGCUUUGGCAAUCAAAUGUUUAUAUCCUAAUAAAAAAAUUGGCAUACUUGAUGCCGAUAUAUUUGGACCAUCAUUACCGACAAUGAUCGGCUUAUUGGGUAAAAAACCUACCACUAAUAAACAAAACCUAAUAAUACCAUUAGUUAACUAUGGAGUGAAAUGUAUGUCGAUGGGAUUUUUGGUGGACGAAGAUAAACCAAUUGUUUGGCGUGGAUUGAUGGUCAUGUCAGCUAUGGAAAAACUUUUACGAUUCGUUUAUUGGGGCAAUCUAGAUCUGUUGAUUAUUGAUAUGCCACCUGGAACAGGUGAUACUCAACUAUCAAUCGUACAAAAUAUACCAAUCGAUGGUGUUAUCAUUGUAACCACACCACAAAAAGUUUGCCUAGCCGAUGUUGUUCGUGGUACACAAAUGUUUCAAGAUUUAGAUGUUCCCGUAUUAGGAUUCGUUAAAAAUAUGAGCCAUUUUAUAUGUGAUAAUUGUUCACACCAUCAAUCAAUUUUUUGGGAUUCUAAUGAAUUGGAAUAUUUAGCCAAAAAAUUUAAUACCGAAAUUUUAGCCCAAAUUCCAUUGGAUCCAAAUCUGUCAAAAUCAUUGGAUAAUGGUUGUCCUUUAGUGGUUGAAAAUCCUGAUAAUCCAUGUUCACAGAUAUUCAUUCAAUUAGCAGGAAAAGUUCUCAGCAAUUUAGAAAAUGAAAGAUGAAAAAAUUAAAAACGAUGAUCAGAUCAGAAAUCGCUUCGUCAACAACAAAAAAGUUUUUACGAAACGAAACAAUUUUUCCCGAAGAACAAAAAAGCUACAAAUUAACGUAUCUUUAACGUUCUCGGUUAUUAUUGUUUCUGGAUAAUCGUUAAUUUUUGUUCAGAUAUCCGUUCAAUCAUCAAUUC